AUGCUGUUGCAGGUUUCAGGAAGCGGAAGCAGGAAUGUCGGAGUGUUUUCAGAAAAGUUUGGACGAGAGUUUGACAGUUCGGGAGCCGAGAGACUAAACUGCGGAGAAACAUGAAGGUUUGUACCCGUUUGCUGAUGUUGCUGUAGAGUCGUCAGUCUUGUCUGGCUGACCCAAACAGUCACAAAAGACAGCCAGAUAUGGAGAGUGGAGCUCUGGGAGUGGACAACGGCACGGCUGCAGAUCCCAGAGUGCAAUCAGACUCCAACGGAGCCUGUUCGCGGCGACGGGCCUGGGCCCAGAGCAGGGACUCCGUCUGGCAGGAAUCAGAACCAGAGAGAUGUGGCCCCCAGGAGCCACAGCAGGACAAGAGGAACGCAAAGGAACAGAGACCAUCAGAAGAACCAGGGCGAGUUCCCAACAAGAUAACAAGCUGGCUGAUUGAAUGCAGGACUCCCCUUGGACGAUCUUUGGACGAUCAGAGUGCUUCUCCCAACAGAGGGGUGCUGAGGAACGGCUGCAGCUUCGAAGAUGACCUUUCACUGGGAGCUGAAGCUAACCAUCUUCAGUCCAGUAGCACUAAAACUGAAUCCUGCUUUGGUCUUGUGGCGGAUCAGAAGAGGAGUCAGUUUAAAGAAAAAGGAAGAAGUAUGAACUCCACAGGAUCAGGAAAAAGCAGCACUGUGUCCAGUGUGUCAGAGCUUCUGGACCUGUACGAGGAGGACCCCGAGGAGAUCCUCUUAAAUCUUGGUUUUGGUCGAGAAGAGCCCGAUCUAGGCGCGAAGGUUCCCUCCAGGUUCUUCAACGGCUCUUCUACAGCGCGAGGCAUCGACAUCAAGGUCUACCUGGGAGCUCAAAUGCAGCGUAUGGAAGUGGAGAACCCCAACUAUGCUCUGACUAGCCGUUUCCGUCAGAUCGAGGUCUUGACUACAGUAGCCAACGAGUUCUUCCAGCUCUACAGUCAGGUGUCUGGUCAGCCUGUCCAGCGCAUCAGCUCCAGGGACCAAGGAGAAGGGGAAGAAGGAGGCUCAGAGGAUAAGACCCCGCCUCCUCUGAAGAAGACCAACUCGGCUCGGAACAUGGCCAAACUACUGAAGAAGACCCUCACGAGACAUAACCUGCACGCCGCCUCCUCGGAGUCACCUGAGGCACAAACGCCUGAGCAGAAAACACAGCAGAACGGACAACCCGCCUCUGAUCACACACACACCAACGGUCACGCACAUGCGGAUCCGGAACAGGACGGGUGCAGUACUGACCCCGACCACCAGGGGGACACAGUCAACCAGAAGCACAACCGCAAGAAGGAUAGCUGUUCCCUGGCAACGGUUACUGAGGAAACAAACGGGGAUGGAGAGACAGACGACAGUCCUGAACAGAGCCCUUCAGGACCAGUUGCUGAUGAGCGCCAACCAGAGAACGAGGAGAACCUGACGUCAACCCCGGAGAAAGCACCGCCCUCCCUGGCCCCGCCCCAUCUUGCUCAACUCCGCAAUGAAAACGCUGACUCUUUCGACAUGGAGGAGAUUCAGAGCAACGAAGAUGACGCUCUGCCAUCGAGAACUUCCAGAGGCAGCGACCUGUUGAGGACAGUCAGUCAGCAGUCGGACAGCAGUGGGUUUGCAGAGGAGCCCUCAGCCGAUUCCAACAGCUACCUCAAGGUGCAGGAGAGUAGUGACAGCUGUGACAGCGAGACCACUGUGACAUCACACCCUUCACAAGAUGUGGCCACGCCCCUCGCACUGGACUACCCUGCCUUCAUUCUGCCAGAUGGCAAAGAGGAAGGGGCUGAUGGUGCUGCUGUGGCCGCUGUGGCCGAGGUUGAUGGGAGGAAUAGUUCCAGGGAAGAAGACGAACAUGAUGGGAGUUCAGAAGAGAUUCCGCAGUACUCGGCUCACCAGCUCCCCAAGAAGAGUCUAACGGGACAGCAGCACGAUGAGAACCAGGAAGAGGAGCAAGUCCAGAAUGGGGACCAGAUUGAUCCAGAAUCUGAACUACAUAAGGAGAGUAUAUCCGCUGCAGAACAAGAAUCACAACCAGAAUUAGAAGAUGUCCAGAAUCAGCCGGCAUCAGAACCACAACACAGUCAGAACCAGAAAGUUACAACCACAGAUACAGAACCACCCACAGAGGAAGUGGGUGGUGCGCCCUUAGAAGAGCAGGCUUUCUUGGAUGAUUCUGGUUUAGUUUUCCCUCCUCCUCCACCCUCUCCAGUUCUCUGUGCUCUGAACCGAGCCAAAGAGCACCAACUGAGCAGGGCAGGGCAGGACGGAAGCCCUAACUUUGGCGAUUCGUCCCAAUCCCCAGGGAGAGGGCGAGGACGAGGACGAGGGCGCGGAAGGGGCUUCCCCCUUCAGAGGUCGUCCUCCCUACCUUCAUCGCUCCUGUCACCCUCCAAGAUCGUGUCUUCCGUCAGGAUCCAGUUUGGUCGAGGCAAGGCAUCCUGCACCCAGCCAAGGUACUCCUUCAAAUACACCCAAGAGGACGGAGAGGACAAGGAAGACGAAGCGGUGGAGGUAGAAGAAGAAGGACAAACAAAUGGUCAGUCUACUCUGAUCAUUAACCCCGCCUCAUCGUCCGACUCUAAAAAACAACCAGCGAGGUUUCCGUCUGAAAUCCCCUUUCCACCCAAAUCCAUCCCGCGCUACCUAAUGCGGUCGUCCUAUUCCCUGCAGAGCUCCAGCCCUCCUCCCGAUUGGUCGCCAGGAGGCCAAGACCAUUCCUGGACCACCCGGAGUGUUCCUGAUCUUUCCUUAAAUCAACAGCAGCCGGGCCAGUUCCAGCAGAACUUGAGCUCUAACCAAAACCAGCAAACUUCGAGUCCAGGGCAGACAAUGUUCCCUUACCCCCACCAUAAUCCCAAUCCAACUGCUCAGUACUUAAACCCAAGCACAAACAAUAGUCCUAGCCUCAACCCUAACCCAUAUCCCUUCACUCUAAACCCCCAUCAGCAGUACCCCACCCCUCUUCAUCCAUACAACAGCCUCCCAAACCUCCUUCACAACCACAACCAGUCCUUGCUCCAUAAUUCUAGGCUUACCAGUCUCCAACGACCAUCAACUCCACCAUCCCCCCAGCACGCCAGCCUCUCCAACUUGCAUCAUCCACUGACUUCCUUGGCUCCUCACCACACCAGCUUAGGCAACCUGCAUCCAACAAAUCCUGCGAUGCACCACCACGGCUACAAUCAUCCCUACACUCACCCCUCACCUUACUAUUCAAGUCCGCAAGGCUCGCCGUAUGCCUCAUCCUACCUCGGUUACCAUGGGUACAACGUGAACCCGCACCUGGGAUUCCCCUACUCUGCCCCCCUUUGUCCGCCGUUUGGUCCAGAACACAAUUUCCACCCAGGAUUAGCUCCUCUCACUCCAGGCCUCCUCCCAGGUCUAGCGUCAAACAUCGGCCUCCAUCCGGGACUUGCUCCUCCUGCUCCUUCCAGCACUGAGAUGCAGCUCAGGAGAGUUCUGCACGACAUCAGAGGAACAGUACAGAGUCUGAGCCAGAACCGAGCAGACACUCCUGACGCAUUUAUUGAUCACAGAGCAGCUCCAUCCAGCAACCAGUCUUUGGCUGAGUUUCAGCAGAAGAGGCGAAGUCUGAACGUGUUCCGCAGUCAAAUGAUGGAUUUGGAGCUGUCAAUCACCCGACAGCAGGCUCUUGUGUACAAACACCUGAGCCCUGCUGACAGGCUGGAGGUGGAGCAGCUUCAGUCUCUGAGGUCGGCUGUAAGAGAGGAACUACAGGAGCUGGAACAACAGCUGGAGGACAGACUGAUGGAGCUGACACAGCAUGGGGGUCUUCAUAGAGACACCAGUGUGGAGAGUCUGUCCACUGCCUCUGCGCUGAGAGCAAUGGAGCCGGUGUCAGACCUCCUCAGAGAGCAGCUUUACCUCCAAUCGGAGCUCAGCUACGGUGGUCACACACCCUCCCCUCACCCCUCCUCCAGAUCAUCCAGAUCAUCCAGUCCGGCUCGAGGGGGUGGAGGAGAUCACGAGCAGUCUCAAGGCGUGUACAGAGCAUCGAUAAACAUAACCCCUGCCCUCCCUCCUCGUCCCAACGCACACGCUGAGGAGGAAGAGGACGAUGAGCUGGAGAGGAACAGAGGGAUCGGAGGAGGAGGAGGAGAAGCUCAAGAGGAGGAGGGAGCAGCAGGAGGCCUAAGAGUGGAGAACCUUCAACAGCUCAUUAGAGAGAUCAGAGAGAGUGUGGCGAAGGAAGUCCGGAGAGAAAUAUUCAGCGAGCUAAUGGCUGCUGUUUCGCCGCAACGAUCGUCCCUGCCUGCCAGGCAACAACAAUUGUAGCCAUGGCAACAUCGGCUUUCACCCUCAGCCUCAGUAACCACAGCCUGAGCAGCAACACUGUCUGUGUGCAACACUGUAUAGCUGAGUAACACUGUCUGUGUGGAACACCACGUGUCAGUAACACUGUAUGUCUGCAACACUGAUGAUGAAAUGAACACAUCACCUGCAUGUGAGAAAAGCCCCGCCCACCACACCUGUGACGGACAGGACCCAGAGGGGCAUGGACAUGGACGCUUCGCGACAAGGACUUGGGGUUUGUUCCAGUGUGGUGGUGUGAUGCAUGCUGGGAGGAGUGUCCCGGUGGAACCACUAGCAAUAAUGUUUUGUCCUUUCCUCACACCCUGUUUCAUUUUUUUUCAACCUGUUUUGAUCAAAGCAAAGCCUUAAACAACAACCACUGCCACAAGUACUGCAUGUACUACAUGUACUACUGCUAACAGUACCACCGCUACUAGUUCUUCUCCUGUGGAUGUCCUCUUCUAUUUUUAUUUUUUACAUCUAAUGCCAGUCUGAGUUUAGACCAGCACUGGAACAAUAAUAGUAAUAUAUUAUCAGCCGUUUGUAAAUAUCAGAAUUUCUGUCUGUGUAGAAUUCACUCUUCACUUCAAUACGUGGAUUUAAAUGUAGCUACUUACAACAACGAAAGAUAACAUGUGAAAAAAUCUGUAGAGAACUUGAACGCAGAUUUUUGUUUCUUUGGUUUUGAUUGAUUGUGUGGAGCCUCAAACUGAUCGAGUGUUGCAGUGCUAAACCAGUAAACACAUUUUCUUCUAUAGACACAUUUUUAAUGAUCGAAAAGCUCUCCAGGCUAACAGAUACUCGGUGCUUCUUGUGACUAUAUGGUUACAUUUUGAAGCAGCAGCUUUCUGAUUGGCUGGUGAAGCUGUACUAGAGCAAACAGUAAAUAGUAUCAAUACGUUCUGCAUUAUUCCCUGUUAAUCCAUAUUCAUUAAGAAGCUCUUUGGCUGACGUGGCCUCUGCAUUAACGAUGAUUUUCGAGAAGUACAUUCAGAAUUCAUCGCCUUUUUAUUGUGCUGGCAAAAUAGAAUUUCAUGUCAUGAACAAAAUGAACAUCGGCGACAUUAACUGUUAUUUAGAUACUUUAAUGCUGCAUGUUAAAUCUCUCUGUUCUCCGCUGUUGUAUUGGGAUGAAGACAGAACGCUCAGAGACAGACGUUUCACAACUAACUUUAUAAUGAAAUAAGAAAAAUAUGAAAUAAAUAUGUGUAACGUGGCUGUAGUGAACCUUCAGCAUGUUUUUAGAGCAUCACAGAGUGGACCAGUAACACACCUUUAUUGCCUUAAUUAUCUUUUAAAAAAAAGUGCUCUAAUGCCUUUGAUUAAGAGGUUACAUUCCUUAUCCUUCAAUACGAGUCUGCUGAGGAUCAAACUGAGCUUUCACCUCUUAAAGUUACUCAUGCCAUGCACAUUUCACCUUAUUUUGAAAGGUUCAAAGCGGGCUUUCAGGUAUGCUAAUAAGGGAUUAUAAUCCUUCAAAUGUCAACAUUCCUUCAUCAUCAUCAUUGUCAUCUGCUUCUGAUCAUUUUCGCCUCAUUUGCACCGAAGUCUUAUCAAUUUUAACGUGUUUUCAUUAGAAAACUGCAUCGUAAUUAAAACUACGAAAACGUAUUUAGGUUAUGAUUCAUUUUUAAAACAUUUUGAAAUUAGAUCGUAAAAUGUUUUAACAACCCGUCCAAGCAGAUGAUCUUGAGAUGUGAGCAGAUUUCAGAAAGAGUCAAUUCAUUACAAAUAAUCAGUGUUACAGUUCUUUUGUGGUUCAACUAUGCUAGCAGGUUCCCCCUGUUUACAUUCUUUGUGCUAAGCUAGGCUAAAUGCCUUUAGCCUGACUUAAAGGAGCUCACGAUUGUUGUACUGUUCCUUUAACACUCACAGUGUUUGCUUUAUCCUGGUUGAACAUGAGCAGGUCAUGAUGUUAGAGUGUGAUGUCACAAGGUACAAUGAAUGUCGGGCUUAGUAAAUCGAAGGUUACACGGUAAGUUGUCGUGGCGACAGUGAUGAUAAUGUUGAUGAUGAUGUUAUGACAUGUCAGAGGGAGGAGCUUAUAGAGCGUAAGGGGUAGUGGGCAGUCGUGGCUAAAAUGUUGGCAUUAGCGUCUUAGCUUACACUGUCUGUGUGCAAUAAUAUGAACGUUCAUGCUGAUAACUGGGACUAUUGUUAACAAAUUAAACCACUUCUUACAUUUCAGAUAAGAUCAGUCUUCCUGCAACACUUCAACCCACUUCCUGUAUCUGAUCAGAUAUUACCCUGAAGGUUUUACUGGGAGAAAAAAAUAUCUUAAAACACUGAUGGGUAACAGAUGAAUUGAUUAGAUUUAACAAAUUCCAGGUCAUGUUUUCUUUGGCAUUAAGUCUUGUGUUUUUCGAUGUAUGUGUUGUCUGUCGUAGGUUUCCAGAUAAAUAAUCAAUUAAAGACAGAAAAUCUUUCAACUAGGGGGAAAAUGAGUUAAAACAAGCACCCCAAAUAGCUGAGUGUGAUUGGUCGAGAGACCUGUCAAUCAAGAUGAACAUUUUUAGAAUUUACCUCUUUUUUCUUUUUGUACUUCCUCAUUGAUACUGUAAAUUCCCACGCAGACUUACAAUUGAAUUUGAAUUUUGCUGCAGAAAGCGUAACUCUAAGAAAAAUAUUUUGAUUUUUUGUAAUUGUUUUGUGGAUGUUCUUCAUCUUUGGGGAAAGUUUACAGUUGACGAGAACCGAAGCUCAAUGGUUUCCUUAUGAAUAAUUCUGAGCUUUCAGUCACAGCUCAAGUCAAUCAUGCGAGUGCUCGAAAACAUUCUGAUUUUAACCUUUAACUUUUGAUUCUCUCCACUGGAUUCUUGACUUUGUGUUUGUAGAUUUUUUUUAUUGUCUUUGAUUGCUCAGAAGCUCUGCUAUGCUGGACCAACACUCACUGUGAGGCUGAAUGUGCUUUUUAUUUUUUAAAUGUUUUCUUUUUUUUACUGAUCAAGAAUCCCUGACCAACUUCUAAUUUCACUUCACUGUCUGUUGGUGUAUUAAUUUCUACCCAUGUGUCUAUUAAUAUUGAUAUGUAUUUUGUAUUGAUGUCUUUACAGCCGGAUGAAGGGGAGGGAUCACUGUAGAGAUGAGAGUAAUAAAGAUGUAUUUAUUUUCAGUACAAA